GGAGGACGCUACCUUCACGUCCAGGGGUUGGUUCCUGUGGUGUGUUUUUUGCACUCGUCACCAAACUCCCACCUUGUUCUUAGCAAGUGUACAAAUACAAGAACUUUUAAAGCAGGCCCACCUGUUGCAUUGACCGAGCACCUGGGCAAGAAGAAGCAUCUCCUGAAAAAAAAAUAGGCGCGGCUACCGUUAGAUUCAUUCAGACAAAAUGGCAGUCUGUGCGAAGUGCAAGAAGGACAUCACUUCUACUACGAUUACCGCAUUGGAUCAGAAGUGGCACCCAGAAUGCUUCACGUGCAGUGAAUGCAAAGAGGAAUUGAGAGGCAAGACCUUCUUUCAAGGCAAAGACGGACAACCGUUGUGCGAUAAAGACUAUAAGAAACUUGAGGCCGCCAGAUGUGAAGCCUGCAAGCAACCAGUAGUUGGUGAGAUCGUGUCCGCUUUAGGAGGGAAAUGGCACCCAAAGUGCUUUGUCUGCACUGAAUGCAAGAAGUCCUUCAAAGAUGGCAGCUUCAGUGUGAACGAAGGCAAACCCUACUGCAAGAAAGAUUAUGAGAAGAAGUUUCUAGGCGGUAAAAAGAAGCCUGAAAAGUGCAAGGGUUGCAAGGACAAGAUUGAGACUCAAUGGGUGGAAGCCAUGGGGCAUACAUGGCACCCUGGAUGCUUCGCUUGCAAGGGGUGUAAACUUCCUCUGCAAGCUGGCUCAUUCUACAAGAAAGACGACAAGCCUUACUGCGAAAAAUGCAUCAAUAAUUAAUUCAUCGUGGUCGUAGCGUCAAUGGCCGCGGGGCAUGCGCAUUUGAAUUGUAUUAUACAUCUUAUGGUAAUAAUAUCAGGCAAUUUUGUCACAUGAUAUUAUUUGACAAAUAGUUCUUAUAUAAGGCAAAUAUUUAAACGUUAAUCUUCUUUUUUCGCUUCUAAAUUUAUGUAAUUGGCUUUAAAACACGAGAAAUUGUACGUUUGCUUUAUCGCUAAUCGAAGUAAUCUGAGUUGCAACUUACAAUGAAAUAACUGCACGUUAUGCUUCAAUAAUGCAAUUCGUAACGCAUCAAACGUAGUUUAAUAUAUUCAUAUCAUAUUAUAUUAAAUUGGUAAUCAAGUUUUAAUUUCUAUGUAUAAUACUUUAUAUAUAUAUAUCAGGAUAAUUUUGAACAUUUACUUGUAGACUAAACGACUUUGUACCAGUCUAAACCAGUUAUUUACCAGUGUAAACCGGAUUUAAUAUAACAUAUUAUUACAUUUCUGAAAUAUUCUCCGAUGGGCUGUAACAAUGGAAUUAUGCUAAUUAUGUGCAAUGACAUAAUCAAUUCUUUGUUGUAAUUUAUGUAUUCGAGAAAAUUCUUCAUUUUAAGUCUUUCAUGAAUUAUUAUGUUAUCUUUUUAUGACAUUUUUUAAAGUUUCGACGAUAAUGGUGCUAUAUAUAACAGACAUUUAAGAUUUUAGUUUUUAAGGCAUUUAAGUUAGACAUUGUAAGUAGUUCUGAUUGUAAGCUUCAGUAGUGAGUUUAUCUUGCCAAGCUCAAAGGAAAAUAUAUUACAAUAAUAGCGAGUUUGAACAUCAUCGACGUGAGUAUACUGCGCCCUCGUACGGUAUGUUUUGGCGAUAUUGCAGCAACUGACGCAGACCUGUUAGACUUGUCUAUUUGUCAUGACGACGUGCAUGCUAAUAUUGCGUUGUAAUUUUGUGAAUCUUAGGGAGAAUAAAGCGUGUUAUUAUGGUUAUUCCGUUUUUUAA